AUGUCUGCACCGCAGCGAAAGCGCGUCUGUAUCGUCGGCGCCGGUGCGUCAGGCAUGUCUGCCGCGUACGCGCUCAGCAAGCACCCCGACCGCUUUGAAGUCACUGUCUUUGACAAGGAAUCUGUCGCGGGCGGGAUGGCAACCUCGCUCGAUAUCGACCCUGGUACGUACGGUGCGGCAUACAUCAACGACGGGGUACAGGGGUGCAGCCCCGUGUUCUUCAACACCCUGCGCAUGUUCCGCAUGCUCGGCUUCGAGGCGACGGAGGUCGGUAUGCAGAUCAGCUUCGGCAAGGGAGAGCACUUUUGGUCGAACGUGUUCCCAUCGCAGCUCGUCGCGGAGUACCAGAAGGACAUCGCUCGGUUCGGCGGCGCGCUCAAGACGAUUAAGAGACUCGAGCCAUUCUUUGCUGUCGUCCCGGUGCAUGUGAUGCUCCGUAUGUUUCGCUUCUCGACCGGGUUCGCCGAGCGGAUGGUGUACCCGCUCGUCGCGCUCUUUUUUGGCACGGGCAAUCAGACACCGUACAUCUCGUCAGCCAUUCUGGAACGCGUGUUCAUGGACCCAAGCAUGAAGCUGUUCGAGUACAAUGAGAAGAGCUUGCUCGCGUCUAUUCCGACAAUGUUGUCGUUCCCGAAGCUCCAGAAUGUGUACGGCGCGUGGGUCGAAGAGACUUCGUCACGCGGCAACGUUGAAUUCAAGCUUGGACACCAAGUGUUGAGGAUUGUGUCCCGUGCGGCGAAGAAAGACGGGCCCGUGCAGAUCGAGUAUCGGCAGGCUGAUACCGGACACGAGUGUCAGCCAGAAACCGCGUUCUUCGACGAGCUCAUCCUGGCCGUCGACGCGGACUCCUGCUUGAAGUUACUGGGAAAAGAGGCGACCUGGAGGGAACGGACCGUGCUCGGGAACGUCAAGUACCUCCACGACGUCACAAUCACGCACAGCGACCUGGAGUACAUGAAGCGGAACUACGAAGUUCAGUACAGUCCAAAGCACAACGCGCCGCUCAGCGCGGGCGCAAGCGCGCAAGACCGCGCGCGGAUGGAGGACGCGUUCGCGUUCGCUUCGCACAACUUCCGGCCGCUGUACUACACGCGCCAAUACGAACGCGACCGGGCGAAGAUCGAGAUGAGCUUCGACCUCACGCACUACCAGGCGCAGUUCCGCGGGGAGAAGCCUGCAGGACCCAUUGACCCGCAGGAGCGCGCGGCGCACCGGAACGAGUGCCAGCCGCCGCCCGAGGCAGCGCGGCGGGCGCAGGACCCGGCGCUGGAGAGCGUAGGAGAGGAGGUGCGGACGGGGAUGAACGCGGAGGGGUUGGCGGAGCCGCCGUUGGAGAGGCACGUGUUCCAGACUAUCUUCCUCGACCGGGACGGGAGCCAGGAUCUAUGGACGGUGCACGAGAAGUGGUGGAAGCAGCAGAGCCAUCGGUGGCAGCAUUAUGCGGGGGUGGUGCCGUGGAUGAUGUUUGUGAAUGGCAAGCGGCAUACUCAUUACGCGGGGGCAUGGUCUAUCCUGAAUAUGCACGAGCUUGCAGUCACGUCUGGCUUCGCGGCGGCCUACCGUCUGGGCGCUGACUAUCCCUUCCAUGGAGAUGAAGACUGCGAACGCCUUUUUAGACUGUAUCUUGGUUUGAGCCAUGGGACACGGAUGGUAAGCUAA